GAUGGGUCCGUCCCGCCAGCAGCAGCAUGCCACCUAGCAAGCCAUCCAUCCACCUGCAGAGCGCACCGCUCAUUUCAUCAACCGGCCCCGAGUUCGCCGUCUCGGCGUACCUAGGUCCUUAUCAACAACACUUCCCCUCCUUCUUCUUUCCUUGACCGUCUUGGGCAGCCAUUGGGAUUCCGUGCUCCAUGGGUGAGGAGACGAGUCUUGAUGUACAACCGCGCAAAGCCAACCGCGCACCAGCCGCGGGCGGAUAAUCGACACAGCAGCACCCACCACGGCACCCACACCACUGCGAAAAGCCCCCCUUCCGAGUCCCGCGCCCGGGGCUCCGCUGCGGCCACGGCUCCAGCCGCCCUGGCCGUCAGACCCGGCUCCAACCAUGCCGCCCACGCCCUAGGCCCCGGCUUCGGCGCCGGGAGCAGCGCAGCCACACCCACGCUCGCACUAUCAGAACAAACCGCCGGCCCCGGCCCCGUACGGUCGACCCUCCUCCAACCCCGAGUUGCCGUGGCGCUGGGCGUGUCCAAGAAAUGGUACCCCGCCCUCUUCCUCUGCCGCCUGGCCUCGAUCGCUCCGGGCGUGCUGUUCGGCCUGCCCAACGCCCUCCGACUCCUCGCCAUGCUCCACCUCAUGUACCUCGACCGGGUCCUCGACGGCGGCACACUGAACAAGCUCGGCCGCGGAACUGGAGGGUCUGGGGGAACCUCCUCUCCAACAUCAGGCUACGACCCGGGGUUUGAAGCGCGGCUGCGGCUGACCGAGGCGCUGCUGGCGACGAUAUGGUGCUGCGCAUCCGGCUACCUCUCCUUCUUCUUCACCGACUGCCUGAUGUCGCGGUGGCUGCUGCACUACACGCCGCAGGCGACCAUCGUGCGACUCUUAACAGUAGACGCCAUCAACGGGUACCUGACGUCGUGGGUGCUGCACCUGACGGGCGGGUUCGAAGACCAGCGGCUGAUCCUCCCGGCCUGGAUCGUCAUCUCCACGACCUUGACGGUACUGUAUCACAUCACGCAGCGCAAGAUCAACAUCCGCAAGGAGACGUCCAUGUCGAUCAGCGUGUUUUCCAUCGCCAGCUUCGUCAGCAUGGUGGCGCUCCUGGUGCAGCUGGACUCGAACCGGUCCGACUACCCCGACAUCCCGCUGCUCAACCUUGUCCGGCGGGUGGCCCACGAGGCCGGCAGGCUGGCCAUCCGCACCAUGGAGUACGGCGAUAUCGCGAGAGAGCUCUGAGCGUUGUUGUUUUCUGGGGUGGUUAUAGGCGUUCUCUCGGCGUUGGUGUGUCCCAAGGCCACUGUGAUUUAUUUCUGGGAUUAUGAGCAUCUCGCACGACAUGUCACGAUUGAAGCACAAACUAUUUAGCAAGUUAGGGGUUA